GCGCAUUGGUGUCUUCAGAUGGACACGCCUCUUGUCUUCACUCAUCCCAAAUCCAGCACCUAAACGGAGCAAUCCCGACAUCAUAUGGAAGCAUUUCUGAGAGCAGGCACAUGUUUAUUCAGGCGAAGAGCUAACCCGAGACCUGGCACAGGAUAUCUAUAGAGCUGUCGCGUCCAUCGAUCCCAGGAAUGACAUCUGGCCACUGAUGCAGAGGGCAGAACGCAUGCAGCAUCAUUUCUCUCAGUGAGCUAAGGGACAACUCAAGAUUUGUUUGUUUUAGUAAAUAAGGCCUGUCAUUCUUGUACUUAUCGUUACUUAGUGAGACUGUUUCGUUGCUCAAUGUUUGAAGUCGUACGAAGAGAUAACCUCAACACACGAAAUCGUGUUUGAAUUGUAAAUAAUAGACGCAACACGUUGUUGGCUGGUCAUCAGGAGCUCAAGGUGUCAUUCAUGGGAUGACGUCUCAGCACAUGUCCAGUCACACUGCCCCCUGCCCUGCCUCCUGUGACCCGCAAAUUUGUCAAUCCGUGGGGUCCUGACGUCAACAGGGGCUCAUGAGACGCUUCGUGUACUGUAAGGUGGUCCUGACCACCUCUCUGGUGUGGGUGCUAGUGGAUGUCUUCCUCUUGCUAUACUUCAGUGAGUGCAACAAAUGUGAUAACCGGAAGGACCAUUCACUCCUGCCUGCGCUCAGAGCUGUGAUGUCACGUGCCCAUGAGGCUCCAGGUGAAAUGGGGAAGGCUGUGGUGAUUCCCAAAGAAGAGCAGGACAAGAUGAAAGAACUCUUUAAAAUCAAUCAGUUCAACCUGAUGGCCAGUGACAUGAUCGCGCUUAACAGGAGUCUGCCAGAUGUCAGGCUGGAUGGCUGUAAGACGAAGACCUACCCUGAUGACCUUCCAAACACCAGCAUUGUUAUCGUGUUUCAUAAUGAGGCAUGGAGUACACUGCUAAGAACCGUACACAGCGCCAUAAACCGCUCGCCCAGACAACUGCUGUAUGAGAUACUGCUGGUGGAUGAUGCUAGUGAAAGAGAUUUUCUAAAGGAAAAAUUGGAGGACUAUGUUGCAACUCUGGAGGUUCCGGUGCGAAUUUUGAGGAUGGAGCAGCGAACUGGUUUGAUUCGAGCAAGGCUGAGAGGGGCAGCCGCCACACGAGGACAGGUCAUCACCUUUCUGGAUGCCCACUGUGAGUGCACUACAGGCUGGCUGGAGCCUCUGAUGGCACGGAUCAAAGAGGACAGGAGGGCUGUGGUCUGCCCGAUUAUUGAUGUCAUCAGUGAUGAGACAUUUGAGUACAUGGCCGGCUCAGAUAUGACCUAUGGGGGAUUCAACUGGAAACUCAACUUUAGAUGGUAUCCAGUUCCUCAGAGAGAGAUGGACCGCCGUAAAGGGGACCGGACCCUUCCUGUAAGAACUCCCACGAUGGCAGGAGGUCUGUUCUCUAUUGACCGAACGUAUUUUGAAGAGAUUGGCACCUAUGACUCAGGGAUGGAUAUAUGGGGAGGCGAAAAUCUUGAGAUGUCUUUCAGGAUCUGGCAAUGUGGAGGAUCUCUAGAGAUAGUGACAUGUUCUCACGUCGGACAUGUGUUCCGGAAAGCCACACCUUACAGCUUUCCGGGCGGGACUGGUCAGGUGAUAAACAAGAACAACAGACGAUUGGCUGAAGUCUGGAUGGACGAGUUUAAAGAUUUCUUCUACAUCAUCUCACCAGGUGUGGUUCGGGUAGAUUAUGGGGAUGUUUCUUCUCGGAAGGCUUUGAGAGAAUCUCUGAAGUGCAAACCAUUCUCAUGGUACCUGGAGAACGUAUACCCCGAUUCUCAGAUUCCCCGCAGAUAUUACUCCCUCGGGGAGAUCAGGAAUGUUGAGACCAAUCAGUGUGUUGAUAACAUGGGCCGUAAGGAGAAUGAAAAGGUUGGCUUCUUCAACUGUCAUGGAAUGGGAGGAAACCAGGUAUUUUCAUACACUGCUGACAAAGAAAUCCGUACGGAUGACCUGUGUCUGGAUGCAUCACGACUGAAUGGACCUGUUGUUAUGCUGAAGUGCCACCACAUGAAGGGAAACCAGAUGUUUGAAUAUGAUGCAGAGUAUGUUGGCAAAUGGGAGUAUGACUUUAAGAAACGCACGUUCCUCCACAUCAUCACGCAGUCAUGUCUGACCAUCAGUCGGCUAGAGGACGGAACAUAUGGGCCCACGGUGGAGUACUGUGAUGAUAGCCCCCUUCAGGCCUGGACCCUCCGAAACUUCACCCGACAGGAGGUCUUUAAGAAGCUCUACUACAGCCCAACUGAUUACUUUCUGUAAUUAGCACAGCUGUCAGCGUCUGACUCUGCUCCAUGUGAACAGUAACCAGUGUCUGGACAUGCCUUCUGAAGAGGAUAAGAUGGUUCCCACUCUCAAAGACUG